ACGCGUUUCGCGACCGUAUUUUUCGUGAUUAAUAAUGAUUAAACAGCCCAUCUUGAUAGAAUUGCAGUAUUUUGUGAAUGCUGUGGCGAAUAUCCAGCGAGGCACAUCGCCAGAAAUAUCCGAUCAGCUUGUAAAAUGCAGUUUAAGCAUCUUCCAAGAUUUGCCGGCUGCUCGAGAUGCUGUCCUGGAGUACUUUGCAUUGGUAUUCGAUAAGUCUAUCGGGAACUACAUUGCCUUCGUCGAGAAAGACGCCCAGGGAACUUCUCCUGUGGAGCAGGCAGUCGUGGAUAUUCAGGAGGCACUUGAGAAGCUGGUAAUCAGCGGCACUCCCGCUUGGGCACCACUUUUGUCCACGUGGAGUCUUAAACUAUUGGGGCAAUUGUCUGAGAAGCACGGACGAGGACGUGAUGGAAUGAAUAUCACAGCCAACUGCAAUUUCUGGAUGAACUCGAGCGCUAUGAAAUGCCUUCUGGGACUCUCGGCCAGUUGCUUUGCGAAGCUGAACAACGAUGAAUCUGAGUCCUGUAUUGGGAUUCUCCUGUCCACUUUCGUAUCUCAUACGCCGCAUUUUGACUGGGUUGUCGCUCGACUUGGAGGCUGUUUUCCCCUCAAAGUCAUAUCAAAAAUUCUUCAAUGCGGACUGAAGGCAUUCUCAGGGAACUUCAACAACACUCUGGACUCGGAAGUGGGAAUUUUGGGCUAUCUCUCGAUGGCACACGAGCGGGAUUUGAAUGUCGCUCUGCGGGAGAUGUUCGAAGCUGUCCUAUUUCCACCAAAUCAGGGUUCAUCGCAACCUAAUCUGCACACCAUCCCAUAUCUCAUCCAUUUAUCGCGGAUGUCGGAUAUCCUCUUGCAGCCGAUCACCAACGUGUUCCUGGACAUCUUCCAUGAAACGCAAAUUCCCAACUUGGUUUACCAAAGUAUGCACUUCCCGCCCAACUACAACGCCCGAGAUAUCUUCCUUUUGCUCACUGAUCUCGCAGUCCAAGUGCGUCACAAUGGUCUCACCAUUCUUUUGACACUCUCGCGUAUGGCAGAAAUGUACGUUUGGUGUCUGGAACUGCUCGAGCAUAUCCUUGAGAAGCUAGAGAUGAACAUUCUCGAUGACCGAAAGUGUCCAUUGCUGACCAAUUUGACCACGGAGACAUCUCAGAGAAUACUCUGGAGCUCUUGCAGAAGUGCCAACUUCAUUGAGCAGCAGACUGUGGUGCGUCUGAUCUUGCUGAUUUCGCCACGAGCACCCUACAUUUAUCACUACACCAUCGCUGAACUGCUGAUGACUCCCAGUGACACCAAUUCGAACGGAUUAGGAGCUCUGGCGAGAAUCCUUGGCGGUUCUCUCGGUACCCAGGACUUUCCUGCCGUAGAUGCGGGAUUGGAAAUAUCCCUGGAGGCAAUUUCGAUUGCCAACAAACGCAGAACACUCGAUGAUUUCACUCAAAAUGUGAUAAUUCUGAAAAAUCUGUAUCACUUGGUGACAUUAGAGAAAAGCGAGGAAAAUGUGCAUCUUAAGAAUUGUCCAAUGAGUGGAGCACUUCAGAAAAAUGCCCCAAAACUUCUCUCCAUUCUCUAUAAUCUGCUGAAUCAUGUUAUCAUGGAUAUUGAGAAGGGAAUACCAUUCAAAUCCUCAGGAGGAUUGGAUGAGCCGACAAAGAAGAAGUUGAAAAAUGAUGGAGAGUAUUUGGACAGGGAGAAAUCUCAAGCACUGGAAGCGAUAAAGGAGCAGAUUCAUCUGAUUGUGACUCUUCUGGAUGAUUUGGGCAUAGGAGGAAGGGAUUCUCUGCUGGCCAUGGUGGAGGUGUUAAAAAUGGCACAAAUGACAGUGAAAUACUUCUUCUGGAAUCUGACUGAAAAUGAUUCCACGAUUCGUUGCAAGGCCAUGAAUCGAUGCUUUAAUCUCCUGACCAGGCAGUGUUGCAGGAAGGCCGCUAGAACGGCUGCUCUCAGGGAUUUACUAGACGGAGCACUCUUCAGCUAUCGCACACUCUUCGGGGCACAUCCUCAUCCGCCCGAGAAUGAUCCAUCCAAGGACGAUACCCUGAUGACACUGAACCAGAAGCAGAGAUUCAAUGCCAUCACCAGCAGGAUUUCACUCCAUGCGGGCUUAAUUGGAAUUGGGUUGAAACCCGAGGUGAUAUCACCCGAUCAUCCACAAUCUCAAGUUCAGAAGCUGCUUCUGGAUGCGAUUAUGGCGUGCUGUCAGGACGCUGAGCAUACGAAUGUCAUAGAUGGCUUCUCCACUGUGUCACUCCUUCUCGUGGAGAUGAUUUCCCCGGAUAUCAUGUACAACGGCUUCCCUUGGCCGGAUGAAGACUUCACGAAGGUCACCAUGGAGCGCGAUCUUCAGAUACGGAGGAUCUUCAACAACUCUCCCAUCCUAUGGUCCAUCCUGGGCCUCGUGGGAACGUACAGGCCCGCUCUCUGCUACGCAUCGGUGCUCCUGCGAGCUCUCUGUGCCACUGUGCUCAAUCAGUGGCGGGCCAAGUCGGUGGAAAAGCCAUUCCAGUCGGUAAACAAUCCGGAAUUGAUUUUUGUCACACUCAAGCUACUUGAGGUAAUGGCUCUUGGUCAGCUCUUGCCGCCGCCGCUCAGCUACUUACACGUAGUCAUUGAGUACUUCGAGCCAUUUGAGGUUGUAUUGCUUCUCAAGGACUGUGUGUGGAACUACAUGAAAGAUCACGUUCCCUCGCCAUGUCUCUUCAAAUUCGACAGCACUGGAUUUCAUUGGCGCAAUCCGGAGACCGCCAAGCCACCAGCUCAGUUUAUCGAUCCGCUACGCUUCAUCAUGCUGAAGCGCCUUCCGCUGUUGGGCAGUUUGUACCAUCAAAUGUUUGUCCUUCCCGAACUGGUUAACGGCAACGACACACGCGAAACGGACGCGCAAGUGUAACUCUUGUACUCAAAAUUUCCUCUCCAAUUUAAUUCAUUAUAAUUUCUUUAUCCUUU